AACAAAACUACAGUGGAGAGUGACAUACCCAAAGUCAAUGGGUUAAGUGAGCUCAUGCUUAGCAUUUUGAAUUAUGAAUUUCCAGGUGAGAGAUUAUACCAUGAAGCAAACAAGUGCAUCAAAGGAUAAAAAAAUGAAAGUUUCUACAUCUCAGCCAAUUGCACUUGAUCCAUUGUCAUCAGUCCUAGAUGGACCAGAUCCUUUGAGUGACUUGCUUGGUUCAACUGAUCCACUUUCAGAGGCUGCAGUCAGUACCUCUUCUAGACAGGUGAUUGAAGACCUUGAUGAUGCUGAUAAUAUUGUCGCCAAAAACAAACAUAGUUCUUGGGAGCAACAGAGAACCUCCCUUCUUGUUAAGUUUACCACAACUGGAACACUGACAUUCACAUCAAGCUUUUUACAGCCAUCAGAUUCUGCUGAGAGCCGUGCUGUGCCUUCCCAGAGACGUGUGGUGAAAACUCAGACUGCCAUCACCGAAAGGCAUCGUACUCAAGGAAUGAGUGGCAGUGAACGCAUCCGUGCCCGCCUGGAACAGUUAGACUCCUUGGAUGAAAUCAGUGGGGGAACAAUACGGGAAGUUGGGGGUCUUACGCAGGAGGAGUUCACCCAGCGAUUGAUUGGGCUGAAGCAGGAACUGAUUCAGUCCUGGCAGACAGAUCAAAGAGUAAAAGCAUUGAAGAUUGCAAUACAGUGUGUAAAAUUAUUGUGUCUCUCAGCUCCAGAACAUUUUUAUCCUCAUAAAUUUGCACUGGUAAUGGAAAUCCUUGAGUGUCUUGGUACACUGGUUUGUCAGCGACUCAGAGUUAAAUCCAAAAAUGAUAAUUCACCCAUCAGCUGCAGUAAUGAUAUGAAGUUGGAAGCUCAGGAAAUAGCACGGAAUUGGUUCUACAAAGUUGCUUCAAUAAGGGAGUUACUUCCUAGGCUUUAUCUGGAAGCUGCUCUCUUGCCAUGCUAUUCCUUGCUAAAUUCCCAGGAAGGUGAGCAAGCUCUUGCCAGGUUAUCCCGAAUGAUAAGGGGCAUUGGUGAUCCCUUGUUAGCUGCAUAUGCACGAAUGUAUGUCUGCAAAGUGGGCUCUGAGGUAGCACCUAAUCUGACUCAGUACAUGUCAGAAGGUGUGGAAGAUUUUCUUCAAACAUUAAAACAGGGUUUGUGGCCAGAGGGAGAAGCUGAUGUAAACAUGGGAGAAGACAAGGAUACCUUGGCUGCUCGUGUCCUGUCACCACCCUUGGAAUGGAUGAUGCAGUGCUUAGCUCAGAGAGCUCCUCAUCAUGUGUUACAGAGUGUGUUACGUCAGUGUGAAGGAGGAGAAGGACUAGGACAGAAUCUACUUGUUGCAGCUGUUCUCAUUACUUUCCCACAUCACUUCAUUGCUCAGAAUGCCAUUGCCCUCACACAUCUUAUUGCAGGUUGCUCCCACCCAGGCAAGUCACAGCAUGAAUUGCUAUGUGACUUGGGAAGAUGUGUGAAUCAGGCAGCUCCAUCACAACAUCAGCAGCUGCCCUUACUAAAUGCUGUUUGGAAAUUUGUCACAAAAAUACCAGACGUAAAGGAUUACUUAACUACUGCUGGAAUUUGGCUUGAGUUUACUGCAAAACAUUUUACGGCAGUAGAAGUGAAUACAUUACUUGGAGAUGUGUUGAGACAUGUUGGAUCUGACCAAUCCCAUGAACUGGUGCAUUACCCAGCUCUCCUGGCACUAGUGUCAACAGCAUUAACUAAUUCUCCUGAUGCUCAAACACUCUUUACCAUGAAUCACUUCCAGGGAUUGCUUAGCGUUUUCCAAAGAGACAGCGUAAGCACUGGAGAUGGAGUAACUCGUGGGGUGGUUGAGGCUCUCUUAGCUCACCACCCAGGGGAUUUCACCGACCCUACCCUAGUUCAGCACCUCCUCACAUUCUGUGGUGCUUUACAUGAUUCAUUUAAUGCACUUACAACUGAUGAUGAAAAACGUCAAUUAUCGCUGUUGAUCACCUCCUUUAUUCAUCAAGUUAAUUUUGGAAAUGACUUCGAGCAACAGCUAGAUUUUUAUGUCAAUGCCAGAGCAGCUUUCUCUAAUCUGGAUUCAGUACUUGUCUCCCUAGUGCAGUGUGUGUGUCAGUUAGCCAUGGCAACAUGGGGAAAGGUGCGAGGCAUGCACACAGGCAAGACUGCAGCAUUUGUGAGAGCAUGUUCAGCCUACUGCUUUAUUACAGUGCCAUCUCUAGCUUCACCUGUGACUCGCCUUCGACUAUAUCUUCUUUCAGGGAGUGUUGCACUUUUAAAUAAUUGUUUAGGACAAGGAGAUGCAUGCAUGAAGGCAGCAAUUAGGGAGGUACUGGAAGUAGCUGGCACCCAGGAAACUAUCACAGGCAGUCAAAGUGGAGAGAUUCUUUGCCCAAUUGUUGCAAAUCUGGCCUCAGCCUUAAUUGCUACACCAGAUCCACCUGAUGUAUCACCCCCACUCUAUCUCUUACGAGGCCUUACAAAUGCUGUCAGAACAUAUCCCUGGCCUAAAGAUACUGAUCUUCAAGCAAUGAUGUCAAUUUCAUUGCUUCAUGCUCUAUCUGCUGCUGCUCAGGAUGUCUUGCCUUACCACAUACAAUCUGUUGAGGGCAAUGACGCCCUCUAUGGGGGGGAUCCUCUUGUCAAACAGGAAGCAGAACAGUUAUCUUCAGUCUUACUACAGGAUAUACUUUUACAUAUAAAGGGAUUAACUGGCAUUCAAGAGAAAAGAAGUGGGCCUUUGACUCAGGGACUGUUUUGGUGUAUCAUAACCUGGAGUGACUUAUCUCAAACACCAGUGAUGAAUUUGGCAGUCUCUGUGUGGGCUUUAGUUAGAAAGCAUAAUUCUGCCCUGAUAUUGAUGCAGAUGAAGAAAGCUCUCUCUAAGCGUGCAGCUCUCCUGAAAGAUUCCAAUCUUAUUGAACUAAUUAACCAGUGAGGGGUAAACAUCAAUUUUAUUAUAUAUUUUUUUGAUUAGGAAAGAUAGUUCAGAUUUUUUUUUAAUAACAGAAGACAUAAUCUUCUGUGAUAUGUAUUCUCACUGAAGUAGUGAUCUGAUUGAAAAUGUAAUAACAGUGGCAGGUUAGCAUCAUUUUCUUCAUUGGGUUCAGUUUUCUUAUGUACCAGUGGGUAAUGAUUAUAUAGCUUUGAUGAAAAUAUGAAAUUAACCAAUUGCCGAUGGGCAUGGCAUGUAGGUACUUGCCAUUCCCACUGUUAGUUUACUUGUUUAAUUGUUAUACUUGUACUAAGUCACCAAUGAGCCAGUUAUAAGUACUGCCUGUCUCACCCAUUCACCCUUUUCAUUGAUUUACGAAAAUAUUUUACGUUAUCUUAUUUUGCUG